AGUCAGAUCCGGUUCGGAGAGCUAAUUUUCCAAAGUCCAACCUGACCCACACCUUAUCCCCUUCCCCAAAAUAAAACUCCCAAGAGAUAAACGAAAAAAUUCUUGUAGAGCAAUGCAAACAGAGCAAUGUCGCUCACAUCCGCCCUCAAUUCCCUCACCAUCUCCACCCCUUUCCUCCAUGGCUCCACUCCUCUGUCCCGCUUCUCCAAGCCCACUCUGCAGCUCCCUCCAUCAAGGCCCUCCACAUUCGUCCUCCCAAUUCGGGCAAUGAGGUCGAUGCAGGGCCGAGUCGUCGCAUCCUCCGGCGACAAGACGGUGGCGGUGGAGGUCACUCGACUCGCCCCUCAUCCCAAGUACAAGAGAAGGGUCCGGAAGAAGAAGAAGUUCCAAGCCCACGACCCGGAUAACCAGUUCCAGAUUGGGGAUUUCGUGCAGCUCGAGAAGAGCCGCCCCAUUAGCAAGACUAAGACUUUCCUGGCCGUGCCCUUGCCCGUGAAGGCGAAGAAGGAGAAGAAAGCAGAAGGCGUCGAAAAGGGUAGUUCCUCGGACCUCGGGAUUCCUUUGGAGUCUCAGCAACAGGAACUUCAGGCUUAGUAUUGGGAUGAAUUGAUUUUCCUUUUUCGCUUGUGUUGUAAGCCAAUUCCUGUGUGUAAUUCUGAUGAUACGAUGAUGCUGUGAAUUACUGUUGAUUCUAUGGCAUUGAAAUGGAAUGUGGUUUUUGAUUGUUUUGCAUCAUUGGUACGGGAUACAUUGAUUUAAUGUUAUCAACUGUGGGUUUCAGCUGGAUUGAAAUUGCAGGGAUUUGGGUUAGGGCCGGAGCCAGCGUUUGUUUCAAUGCUGCCUGCCAGAUGUUUGAGGUUAUGCCUCUGAGAGAAGGUCAUGCCCGCUACACACAUUUCUGCCCUUUGGCUAGUAAUCGGACAUUUUGCAGUCACCUUUAGUCGUCAACAGUUAGCUGACUAAUCACCAUCUACAGACUACAGCAAACUGCAUAACUACGAGCAACGUACAUGGCCAAAACUAUGCAGGAUACAGCUAAUCCGCUAGCUCGAGAUGUUGUUACGAGAUGCUAGCCUUGUUGCUCCUUUGGUAGUUGUUUCUGUUAGUGUGUUAUAGCUGUAGAAAAUUUUACAGCAAUUGAUAUACCUCUUAACUGAUGACUAUUUCUGCUUCCUUUGUCUUACAUUUUGAGAUCUUAUUUAAGGCGAGCUUUACCACUAGCGUGUAGUCCGAGGUUGUUGUGGGUGACUUGUUCAUAGUCUUCAAGAUUCUCUAGUCGCCUUUCCCCUGCAAUACAGUCUCGCUUUCUCU